GGUGGCAGCCCAUGCACGCUCAGAAAACACGCUCACGCAGAUUUAAUUAGCAAUCAUUUUUCAUCAAUAAAGCAAAAGAGAAAAAAGGAGGAAAAACUCGGGAAGAAAUGGCCACCUUUCGGACCGCACGCACUUCGGAGAGGAUCACCAGUGCCGGAGGAUCGAUCCGGGGCCUUGGAUUCACCUUCAGACUCUUGGCCUCCGCCAUCUCAGUCUUCGUCUGCCUCUUCCUCACUCUCUCUUUCCUCUUCACUUCUCGCGCUCACACUUCCCCCCUCCACCACUUAGGCUUCAAUUCCGGUUCAUAUGGAUUGGGAAUUACGAGAAGAUCCGUACUCGCUCUCAAAACGGACCCUCUCAAGCCCCGGCUGGAUCAGAUCCGGAAGCAAGCAGACGACCACCGGUCAUUGGCUCUGGCUUAUGCCUCCUACGCUCGAAAGCUCAAGCUCGAGAACUCCAAGCUCGUUAGGAUUUUCGCCGAUCUCUCCCGGAACUACACCGAUCUCCUCAACAAGCCCACAUAUCGUGCUCUCUCCGAAUCCGACUCCCUCUACCUUGACGAAUCGGUUUUACGGCAAUUCGAGAAGGAAGUGAAGGAGCGAAUUAAAGUGACGAGGCAAGUGAUUGCGGAAGCCAAAGAGUCUUUCGAUAACCAAUUGAAGAUCCAGAAGUUGAAGGAUACGAUUUUUGCGGUUAAUGAGCAAUUAACCAAGGCGAAGAAGCAAGGAGCUUUCUCGAGCUUGAUAGCCGCAAAAUCAAUCCCAAAAAGCCUGCACUGCCUCGCAAUGCGGUUGAUGGAAGAGCGAAUCGCUAAUCCCGAGAAGUAUUCUGAUGAGGGGAAGCCAACUCCACCGGAGUUUGAGGAUCCGAAGCUUUACCAUUACGCAAUUUUCUCGGAUAAUGUGAUUGCCGCUUCAGUGGUGGUCAAUUCGGCAGUAAAGAACUCGAAGGAGCCGUGGAAACAUGUAUUCCAUGUUGUGACUGAUAAGAUGAAUCUUGGGGCAAUGCAAGUUAUGUUCAAAUUGAAGGACUAUAACGGAGCGCACAUUGAAGUGAAGGCAGUUGAAGAUUACAAGUUCUUGAACUCUUCGUAUGUGCCAGUGCUUCGGCAAUUGGAGUCGGCAAAUUUGCAGAGGUUUUACUUCGAGAAUAAGCUUGAGAAUGCAACAAAGGACACCACGAAUAUGAAGUUUAGGAACCCAAAGUAUUUGUCCAUAUUGAAUCACCUGAGGUUUUAUUUGCCGGAAAUGUACCCAAAAUUGCACAGGAUCUUGUUUUUGGAUGAUGAUAUAGUGGUGCAGAGGGACUUGACAGGGUUGUGGAAGAUAGAUAUGGAUGGGAAGGUGAAUGGGGCAGUUGAGACGUGUUUUGGGUCAUUCCAUCGCUAUGCACAGUACAUGAAUUUCUCACACCCUUUGAUUAAGGCGAGGUUUAGCCCCAACGCCUGUGCGUGGGCUUAUGGAAUGAACUUCUUUGAUUUGGAUGCUUGGAGGAGGGAAAAGUGCACUGAAGAGUAUCACUACUGGCAGAACCUGAAUGAGAACCGUACAUUGUGGAAAUUGGGGACGUUGCCUCCGGGACUAAUCACAUAUUACUCGACAACAAAGCCUCUGGACAAGUCGUGGCAUGUACUGGGACUUGGUUACAAUCCAAGCAUUAGCAGGGAUGAGAUCCGCAAUGCUGCAGUGGUGCACUUCAACGGGAAUAUGAAGCCGUGGCUCGACAUCGCCAUGAAUCAGUUUCGGCCACUCUGGACAAAGUAUGUUGACUAUGAUUUGGAGUUUGUCCAGGCUUGCAAUUUCGGUCUCUAAAAUAAAUAGUAGUAGUUGAAGCCUCUCUCUCUCUCUCUCUCGAAGGGAAUUUUGGCAUGCUUACUCAUCAAGCAGCAAGUAUGAAAGUCAUUACUCUUGUUUUUACGCUUAUACGUUAACCAAGUCUCCUUAUUCAACACCAAAAGAAAAUUUUCCUCUCAUCCAAAGAUUACCGAAGUGUAAAAUACUAAUAUGUUAUAUCGGUUUUGGAUUAUUCUCCGAUUUGUUCGUCAAUGGUUUCAUCAAGCACAUCGGCAGAUGUUAAUCAUAAGAGCCUUGUUGGAUUA